CGACAGGCGAGAAACUCCAGGAAAACGGACCGAGCUGGCGCACGGUGUAAAGGGAUAAGGAUACAUUUCGGCGUAAAGAAGAAACUUUGUAUGGACAUGAGGACAUUUAGGGAUGAUUUGCUAUUUCUAAUAGGAAAGCUAUAAGGUUAAAUUUAAAAGGGAAAACACACGUUUACCAUCAUUUACAUUCACUUUUUUAUAGCUACAGGUCUCUUGACCUUAAUAAACAUGAAUGAAAUUACAGUUUGACUUUGACCGCACGAAUGAAAAUGCGCAUCGACUACACUGCUGUCCACUGAGGAGAGGAGGUGACUAGAGAAGCCCGCCAAUGUUCGCCUUCUGCCGGCUCUUCACAGCAAGUUGUUAAAAUAUUUUCCCACGAGAUUCAGCAAGAGAAGGGUAUAACUUAUCAGCAUGGCAGAGCACGAGAGCCUGGAGUUUGGAAAAGCAGAUUUUGUGCUUUUGGACAAUGUGUCUAUGGAAGAGUUCAUGGCUAACCUAAAACUCAGGUUUGAGAAGGGGAGGAUCUACAGCUACAUCGGAGAGGUGGUGGUGUCUGUCAAUCCUUACCGUGCCAUGAACAUCUACAGCCGUGACGUCAUAGAGCAGUACAAGGGCCGGGAGCUGUACGAGAGGCCGCCUCACCUCUUUGCCAUCGCUGAUGCUGCUUACAAAGCCAUGAAGAGGAGGAACAAAGACACUUGUAUUGUCAUCUCAGGGGAAAGUGGAGCCGGAAAGACAGAAGCCAGCAAGUAUAUAAUGCAAUACAUUGCUGCUAUCACCAAUCCCAAUCAGAGGGCUGAAGUUGAAAGGGUAAAAAACAUGCUGCUUAAAUCCAACUGUGUCUUGGAGGCCUUCGGGAACGCCAAGACCAACCGCAACGACAACUCCAGCCGCUUUGGCAAGUACAUGGACAUCAAUUUUGACUUCAAAGGAGAUCCCAUCGGAGGCCACAUCAACAACUACCUGCUGGAAAAGUCCAGGGUCAUUUUCCAACAGCCAGGAGAGAGGAGCUUUCAUUCAUACUACCAGCUGCUCAGAGGAGCUCCAGAUUCCCUGUUACGCUCUCUUCACAUUCAGAAGGACCCAACAGCCUACACCUACAUCAAAGUUGGAGGCCAGAUUAAGUCCUCCAUCAACGAUGGGGCUGAUUUCAAAGCUGUAGCCGAUGCCAUGAAAGUGAUCGGUUUCACGGGGGAUGAGAUUCAGACUGUUUACAAGAUCCUGGCCACUAUCCUACAUCUGGGCAACCUGACAUUCGGGGUGGACGGUGACGUGACCUUGAUAGAGAACACAAAGCUGGUGUCUGUGAUCAGGGAGCUGCUGUCCACCAAAGAAGAAAAUGUGGAGAAGGCGCUGCUCUACCGCACUGUGGCCACUGGUCGAGACGUCAUCGAAAAACAGCAUACGGCACAAGAGGCCAGCUACGGACGGGACGCUCUAGCCAAGGCCAUGUAUGAGCGUCUGUUCUGCUGGAUUGUGGGACGAAUCAAUGACAUCAUUGAGGUGAAAAACUAUGACGCCAGAGUCCACGGGAAGAACACAGUCAUCGGGGUGCUGGACAUCUAUGGUUUUGAGAUUUUCCAGAACAACAGCUUUGAACAGUUCUGCAUCAACUACUGUAAUGAAAAGCUGCAGCAGCUUUUCAUCCAGCUGGUGCUGAAGCAGGAACAGGAAGAGUAUCAACGAGAAGGCAUCCCCUGGAAACAUAUUGAUUACUUCAAUAACCAGAUUAUUGUGGAUCUGGUAGAGCAGCAGCAUAAGGGCAUCUUCUCUGUGCUGGACGAAGCCUGUAUGAAUGUGGGCAAAGUCACGGAUGAGGUUUUCCUCCAAGGACUCAAUGGAAAGCUGGCCAAACACGCCCACUACACCAGCCGCAAGCUCUCACCGACUGACAAGAGCUUGGAGUUUGACAGAGACUUUCGCAUCAGGCACUACGCAGGAGAUGUGGUGUACUCAGUGGUGGGUUUUAUUGAUAAGAACAAAGACACUCUAUUCCAGGAUUUCAAAAGACUGCUGUACAACAGCUCUAACCCAGUACUGAAGGGGAUGUGGCCUGAGGGCAAACUGAGCAUCACUGAGGUCACCAAACGACCACUGACUGCUGCAACACUCUUCAAAAACUCCAUGAUCUUGUUGGUGGAGAACCUGGCCUGCAAGGAACCCUACUAUGUCCGCUGCAUCAAGCCCAACGAUGUCAAGUCCCCUCUACUCUUCGAGCAGGAUCGCUGCCGCCAUCAGGUGGAGUACCUCGGGCUGCUGGAGAACGUCAGAGUGCGGCGUGCCGGCUUCGCCUACAGACAAACAUACCCUCGCUUCCUACAGAGAUACAAGAUGAUCUCAGAGUUUACGUGGCCAAACCAUGACUUGCCAUCAGACAAAGAUGCAGUGAAGAGGCUCCUGCAGGGGUGUGGAUUUGACCAUGACGUGGCCUACGGCAAAACCAAGGUCUUCAUCCGCACACCGCGUACCCUCUUCAGCCUGGAGGAGCAGCGGGCUGAAAUGGUCCAGAGAAUUGUCCUCUUCCUCCAGAAGGUGUGGAGGGGCACCAUAGCCAGAAUGCGAUACCGGCGGAUGAGAGCGGCUCUCGUUAUCCUGCAGGCCUACCGACGCUACAAGGUCAAGUCCUACAUCCGUGAGGUCAACCGCCGCUUCAGAAAUGUCCAAUCCAUGAAGGAUUACGGCAGGCAUGUGAAGUGGCCCACGCCCCCCAAAGUCCUACGCAAGUUUGAAGAGUCACUCAGAAGCAUCUAUAACAGGUGGUGGGCAUGGACACUGAUCAAAGGCCUGUCUCCAGAAGAGGCCUUGCAGGUGAGGGCCAAGGUAGCCAGCCUGGAAGCCCUGAAGGGCCAGAGGGCUGACUUGGGUCUACAGAGGGCCUGGGAAGGAAACUACGUGAAGCGAGACAGCCCUGAUACAGCUGCAUCAUUCACACUGGUUUCCAGCGAGCUGCAGCGGAAAGACAAAUUCAUGAGGGUUCUGUUCUCCUGUAAUGUUCGCAAGAUCAACCGUUUCCACAAGGCAGAGGACCGGGCUGUGCUCAUCACUGACCGCCACCUGUACAAGAUGGACCCCCUGAAGCAGUUCAAGCCCAUGAAGAGCAUCCCUCUCUACAAUGUGACAGGAGUGAGCGUGUCCCCUGGUAAGGACCAGCUGGUUGUGUUCCACACCAAGGACAGCAGGGAUCUCGUGGUGUGCCUGCAGGGUAUGGUGCCUGCCAGUGAGAGCCGCAUCGGGGAGCUAGUUGGCACCCUGCUCAGCCACUUCAAGAGUGAGAAGAGGAAGCUGCAGGUGAACAUUGCGAGUCCCAUCCAGUGCAGCAUGAACGGAAGGAAGUGCACGAUCAUUGUCGAGCCCAAGAUCAACCAGUCACAUCCAGACUUCACAAAGAGCCGAUCUGGUUACAUCCUGGCUGUCCCCGGCAACUGAAAUGGGCCAAACGGCUAUAACAGUGACAGCGAUUCCAAACCAGGCCGGGAUAAUGAUCAUGAGUCACUUCUCGUGUAUGUUUGUUUUUGCAGAACUGCUGGUAAUGUGGCGAUUUAGAUAGCAGCUCUGUAGGAGGAUUGGGGUAAUUUUCCAAUUCCAAAUUUGACCUAUUGUGUAGAUUUCUAUGCAAUGUUACUAUAAACAGGGAGUGUACAAAACACCUACAUGCAAAAUGCUAUUGGCUAAACAGGUUUUAAAACUACACAACAGGAUAAUCCACCAAAGUGGUGAUUUUUCUUUUUUUAUUUCAAAUGAUUUGCUUUGUGCAAUAUUGAGUUUAUUGUAGAUGCAAUAUUGUGGUUGUCAAGGUGAGACGAGAUUAUGCAGCAAUUGUUCUCUGAAUCACUGAUGUCGCAUAAUUUGAAAAAAUCCAAAGGCUUUGGAAUUUAUAAUCCCUGCAGCUCCCCAUGUAGGGGCCAGAUCAAAAGUGAACCCUUGAAAAAACGAAGACGAUAUUUAUGUAUGACUCUGGGUUGAUUUAUAUUCUAAGGAAUAACGAUGUGUUAAUGACCAUAAUUGAAGACUUACCUGCCUAUGUGGUAAAUAAAAGGAAACGCAGCGUCCACUUUUAGUUCAUUAAAUGUUUAUGGUCACAUAUAAGAACAGAAAGUGCGAAAAUGUGAUUCAGUGGUUCAGUCAGCGUCGGAGGCACAAAUUCCAAAUCUAAAUUCAUUGUUAGUUUCUUAGUCACAGGAUGUGUUGAUCAUAUCCUGAACACUGCAACCUGCUAUACACGCAAAGCGUUCAAAAUCUAAUUUAAAUCCAUUUUCUUAUACUCUCUACUGCUAUGUCUGUAUUUUUUUUUAAUACUGCUUAUAUAUUAAAGGUUAGAAUAUACUUUACAUGAACAGCAUAUAAAAACAAAUGUGUGUGCACAGCACGUAUACUGCAUUCAGUAUAUAAAGGGAUGUUAUAACUAAAACGAAAUAACAAAAGUUAGACGAAGACUAUAACCAAAGCAAUAGUUUUUUCUAAGAGAUAUUUUAAGUUCAUAUUCUCUCAAAAUAUAAGACUUAGCAGGAGAGACCUGUACUGUAUAAUCCCAUGUGAACUCCAGCCCCUGAACAUAGUCUCAUUUGCUGUCUUUGUGUUGAGUGAAGAGCCCAAUGACUUGUAGUGGUCCUUUGGAGUAGACUUCCAUUUGACAAAUACCCCCUUCAUCAGAGAGAAAGAGCGUGUGAGUAGCUCUGUGGGAGUGUGUGUGUACUGUAUGUGUGUUUGUUAGCUCUUUUAGCUCUCCUCUUCUUGGCUCUGAGAAUGAGAAUCUGGCUGGUGGCCACAGUGAAGGAGUGAAGACAGACUGGUGUGAAGUCUGUAACCAGACUGCUGUCCUACUUUACCUCCCUGUCUAACGAUGGGAAAGACUUUUUGUAUGAACAGUGGACUAUUAGGAGGCUUGAUUUUCAUCUGAUGCUGCUGCUAAACUCCCUUCACUUUCUUCAGGCCAAGUCACACAUAUCAAAUCAGCACUUGAACACUCAAAGUAUGGUAUGUACUGUUCUCACAAGCUGUCGGCUGUGUUGAAAGUAUUUGCUCUGUUUUGGUAAGUGUUAGCACCUUACAAUAUGCUGUUUUUGCAGCCGUUGCAAAAAUGUGUGGCAGCACAGAAGCUCAUGAGACAAAGAUGUCUGGCUUUACGCUGUGUGUUUAAUAUUAAUGUCCAUCCACACAUUUAGUGCAUAAAGCUCAAAUAUCAGUUAUUUUGUCAUGUAAAGAUGUUGUUGCUGCUCUAAAUCCAACCUAAUUAUAAAGGUUAAAAGCUCAUUCUUGACCUUGGAAACAGCAGUUGAGAAAACAAUCUCACCACAAGGUAGCUGUGUUGGAGCUAACCUCCAACAUGCUAAAGCUAGUAGGUCAGCUCUCCAAGACAACAUUUGCACAGAUUUACUUUGCCGAGCGAAUCCACUGAUUGCAGUGAUUCCACUGAAAUUAAUUGAUUUGGAUUUCUAGGUGUAGAGGUUGAGUCUUAAAGUACUAAGGGGAAAAAGUGAAAAAUCUACACUUCCAAUACAAAUGAAAGAUGAUUGUGUGAUCUAGAACACCUUCUUAAUGAACCUUGUGUUGAGAUUGUUUUUGUCAACUGUUUUUGUCCCAGGUCAAGAAUUAACUUUGAACCUCAGGCAUAUGAGGCCAGUCUUCAAAGCUUGCAUUGAGCUUACUUGCAUUUGCUUGAUAUUAAGGUCGCCAUGAUUACGUGACAGUAAAUGUCACAAAUUCAGAGGAUGAGAAAACAGACAUUGUAUUCUCUCUAUACCCACAGAGGCUUAGCUGUUUUGUCUAUAUCUGUAUAAAGACUAAGUAAAGAAUACCGACUGUGAGCUGAGGAACGACAGCCCAAGGUUAGAAAUCGGUGCUCCCUCGGUGUCUGGCCUAGUUGAAGAGGCAAUCUUGUCGACUUUACUUCAACAGGAAGGAAAACUUGUUAGCAGUCAUUUUAGCCACAGUAACACAGCCCUCUAAUUGUGCCUGAGUGUUGUCUGAACAAGUAAUUUAUCUUAAUUAGAUUGCAAGGGCUCCUGUCUUUUGAAGAAGUAAAUCUCCAUUCUACCUCGCAGCUUUGUGGUGGCUGACCUUGUCCCUUUUGCUUGAUAAGGCCACUUCAAUGCAGAAAAGACAUGUUUGGGGAAACGAGUGUAUUCGUAGUGUGGAUUAAGGAAGUGACAUGGGUAGAGUUAAUAGAUGGUUUUCAAAGGAGCUCAGGCACAGGGGAUGCCUGUGAUGAGUGUUUGUGUGUGUGUGUGUGUGUGUGGAGCAUAACACUACAGCUCUCCAUAUCCUUCAGCAUGGUAAUCUCCCACAGGGCCUCUCCUCCUCUCUGCUCUGCUAUUCACCGCUAUCAUUAGGAUGGACUCCGUGUCACUUCUCACUUCAGCGCUUCUCUCUCUGCUUUCUUAAGGCAAAGGGGGUUGGUGAACAAAGCCUCGCUUGGCCUCCUCCUCUUCUUUUCUGCUCCCUUUCCUUUCUUGUCCUCUCUCCACCCCUCCCUCCCUCCUUUUCCGCUUUCCUUCCUCUGUCAAAUCACUUCGCUCCUCGCCCACUUGGGCUGACUCUACUUUCCUGCAGGGCAGUGGAGGUUUUCCUUUUUUUUUUGUUUUUUUUUUUUCCUUCAGCCGUCCUGUGCCCAGUAGGCAUGGAAAUAAAAAAGGGAAACUACACCAGCAAAAAGACAUGUCUAGCAAUAGGAGUAUAAUGCAGCAACAAAAACAUUAAAAAUGAGACAAAGCUGAGUAUAUUAAUCUCAAAUGUAAAUAUUAUGAAUCCAAAGCCUAUUCAAGAAUAAGGAUGGUGUCAUUCUAUAUCUUUAUUAUUGUCAACAAAUUCUACUAUGAAAAGAUCAAAAACAACAACCAGAGUCCAUUUCUCAGUAUUUUCUCACUUUCCUGAUCUGUCUGUGGUACGAAUACUGAAGACGUAAAUCUUUAAAAACAGCUCACAAGUUUUUUUGUUUGUUUGUUUUGGAGGGGGGGGGGGGGUUGUAGAAAUUGUUUACUUAAACAGCUGGUGUAUGUGGGAGUCAGUAUGAUAUGGUAAUAUCAUACUAUCAUACAUGGUAAUGAACAUGUCACCCAGUGCAAAAGUGUCGCUUACUGAUGUGUUUUUCAUAGUUUUUGGACAAUAAUGUGCAUAUAUUUAUCUAUAUCUAUCCCAGGCAGGAGUUUAACGAAAUCUUAAGUAAAUAGGUAAAAAGAAAUAGAAACACCAAACUGUGGUUUACAUUUUGUAUGACCAUGUCAUUUGCAAGUGCCUUCAUCAUUUCAAAUGGCUUCAUCAUUUCAAAUGGUUCUUAUAUGAACGAAAUUCACUGUUGGUUGUUGUAUUUUUGUGGGAAUUGAUGACGAUAACAAAAAAAUGUAAUAUCACCAGCUUUAUCCUUUUAAUGAUUUGUUUUUGGUUUGAAAACCUAGUCAGCAAAGAUUAUUUUACCGCAAGUGUAAAAAUCACAGGCUUUUCCUAAUUAUCCCUUUAUAAAUAGGCAUACAAGAAUGUCAUAUGAAUGUUAACACUAGGAGACUUGUGCCAUCGUGUUUUUCCCUUUACUAUUCUUUGUACUGGGUUCUUAACAAGUACUUUCUUCUAGUUUUCAUUGUUUUUGUUCAAGAAACAUUUGAUACAGGACUAUUAUCAAGCCAUGUAAGCCAAAGGGUAACAAAAUCCAUUUUCUUUUUCAUAAUUUAUUCCAUAAUCUGUGGCUUUAAGCAUGUUAUGUAUGUAAACAUCAUUCAUUCAGUAUGUGCCUAAUUUUAUAUUAAGUUUAUAUUUUGCAUAUUUGUGAUUAGAUCCCUUAAAUAUACUGUAAUAUCCAGAUCAAGUCUAAAGGGAACUUCACUGUUGUAAUACUAUUUUUGUGCAAAUGUAUUGUGUAUAAAUCCAGAUUAUGCAUUUCCAUGAUUUUUCCAUAAUUAUACAUAUUACCAUUAAUCAUGUUAUUAAUAAAUGUAUUUGCUUCAUUAGCUGCUUCUUUUAGUCACUUCCCAAGAUUGUGUACUAGUAGUGCUAAUGCUAAGUGUAUGUGUGUGUUCAUGUGGUGUGGGGGUGAUCAGAUAAAACAGUUGGAAGUCAUUAGUCUGAAUGGCAAAACUGAUGAUAUGUUGACUCAAAUGUUUCCCGGGGCCAGUCGUAGUCCGUAAAGUGUUAUGUGGUAAUAGCUGGGUAGAGCUCGACGUUAAUCCACCCACUAACAGCUGUUUCACAAGGUGACGUCGAAGCGGCUAAACCCCCUGCAGUCGGCAUGACAACGCCGCUUCCCAGCUACUUCCGCAGGGGUUUAUAAUCCACUGAUUGACUGAAUGACUAUCUGCUGCUAAGGGUGGGGUGACCCGGCAGUUAACUAAAUUGGAAUUAAUGGACAGAGAGUGAUAUGUAAGAAGUGAAAUGACCCAAACUAAUCUGUCUGUGUGGUGGGCUUUCAGUUUGUUUGGAGAUACGGCAGUCAUUUCCAACAAGGGGGAAAGACUGUAAAGUAACAGAGAAAAUUGUUUUAAUGAUUUGAUUUUUCUUUUUUAAAAUAAUCCACACAUUUGUUUUUAGGAAGAACGUGUACACGCAUAGAGGAUUACAGAUUGAUGUGAGGCUGAUCUUAAAUUUAUAUAUAAAUCUACCAGCUACGAUGAAGCCAUCUUCACAAGACAUGUCCCCUGCCAACCUGAUUCGUUUCUAAGCGAUGAUAAUCUGAUUAAUAGUUUGCCCCUUUAGUUUCUACAUGUUUAGUAGAACAAAUGCAAACCAAAUCCACUGAAAAUGUUCUUACAAAGAAACCAAUUCUGAACAUGGACCAUUCAAAGGUCAUUCUUCUUCUGUAGUGUUUCCCUAUCCAAAUUGAGGAUCUAAGGAUAGGUGGUUGUCAUGUACUGUGGUUUGUGGUUUUUGGCUCUAUAAAUAAAAUUUAAAAUUGCCAUUUAAA